CUAAAAAUAAAGUAUUCAAAACAGAAUGAGUACUGACAAUAAAGAUAGUUUGUUGUCGAGAUGGGUAAACUAAAAGAAUCAGUGUAGUUUCAAACUUCGGUACAGAUCGUUUGAGGCGAGCAACUUGUAUUUUAAAAAAAACAACAAUCAUGCCGGCUAGAAAUAAAGACCAAGAACAAGAAGUGUUGACGUGGAUUGAGAAUGUUACAGGCGAAAAGUUGCCUAAUCAGCCGUACGAAGAUGUGCUCAGAGAUGGAGUCGUAUUAUGUAAUUUAAUUAAUAAAAUUAGUCCCGGAUCUGUGAAAAAAAUCCAAACCAAAGGUACCAAUUUUCAAUUAAUGGAGAAUAUUCAAAGGUUUCAAGCAGCUGUGAAAAAAUACGGUUUACCAGAAGAAGAAAUCUUCCAAACUGCUGAUCUUUUUGAAAAAAGAAAUAUUCCACAAGUGACUCUGUGUUUAUAUGCUCUCGGAAGAUUGACUCAAAAACAUCCCGAAUACACCGGUCCUCGAUUAGGCCCUAAAAUGGCCGAAGAAAAUAAACGAGAAUUCACCGAAGAACAACUACGAGCUCACGAAGGAGUACUUAAUCUUCAAAUGGGAUAUAACAAAGGAGCAUCUCAAGCUGGAGUCGGUUCUUUCGGAAACACCAGACAUAUGUAAAUCCGGCUAAAUUACCUCGAUCAUAUCCAGUAUUAUGUGUUAUUUUAUUUAUACGUAUACCUAUUACUUAUAUAUUUAUUAUCAAUUAUUUUAAUUUUUUUGCAUUUCCCUCUUCUGUUUUCCUCAUCUUCUCGAUCAACUAGUCAACCAACGUAGAACUUGUUUCGUUCAAGACUAACAGUAACAAUAUAAGUACAUUUAUAUUACGAUACUUAUUUUAUAAUCCGUUUAUUGUACGCACCAGUACCAGCAUAUUUUAUAACCAAACAUCAAUAUUUAAUCCUUCCAGGAUUUAAAACCUUCGUCGUAACGUUAAAAUAUUAUACAAAAAUUUCAAAUCAUCUCAUAUUUUAGGAAAAAAAUUCACAACAAUGUAUUUUUUAAAUUAUGCAACGUUACCUUAUCAGAUUUCGCUUUGAAAUAAAUAUCGAUGCAAUUAUUUUAAA